AUGAUUGGGGCCCCUAGUGUGGCUCAGAGCUGCUCCAAGGGGUCCAUGGUGAUUGACAUCACUGCCCCUCCUUACCUCAAAGCCCUGGCUGAGGAGAGGUCUAUAGCCCCCUUGCAGAUGCCCCACACCACCAGCCUGGCUCCAGGUCACUCCUCAGCCCCGGCAGCUAGUGGCACAGUGAGGAGUCUACAGCCAGUGCCUACGGUUCUAUCAACAGCCUUAAAAUUGAGCCAAGAUGCUGGGAUAAUGCCAUCUGGGGCCACAGGGGACCAAGCCGAGCUAGGAGAAUUGGAUGAGGCUGUGUCCCAAGUGUCAGGAUCAAGUGGAUCCAGUGACCUAAUCAGCAAAGCCAGGGUCAUUGGCGCAACCCCGUGGAUGUACCCCAGUCCUCUGGGAGCUGAUGGCCAUGAUCAUAGGUCCCUGUCUGAGAAAGGGACUCUUCCCCAAGGCCAAACACCAUUGUUCAGGGAGGUGGCUCCCAGCCAUGCUAGUGGCAUGGUCCCUGUCCCUUUCCAGGCCCUGGGUUUAGCCACUAAGACCCCCUCAGUUUAUCAACAGGGGUCUGUCGUUCACGUCAUACCCCAAAACCACUCUCAGGGUACAGUGGCUUCUAAUGUAGUCUCAGGAUCACCCCAGCUGGCCUGUGGCAGUUCUGAGGCUUUCAGAUUGCUUUCAGUGUCUGUGGGCAGGAUGGGGAAUUCUAGUCUUCCUCAGAGGUCAGGGACUGCCAGCAUAGUCUCACAUGUGCCACCAUAUUCGUCCUCGGCUAGAAGGGCAUCGUCCAGUCCCUUCCAGACAGAAGUUGUCCCCAAUCCAUUCCAGAAAACAGUGUCUGGAAACCUGGCUCAGAGCAGCUGCUGGGACUCCAUGGGCCCUAAAAAUUCCUACAGAUCCGUGCAUGGUAGGAUUGUUCCAGAACUGCUAGAAAGUUCUGUGGCCAGGGUUAGGCCCUUCCAGUAUGUGCAAAGACAACCAUCCCAGGCCUCAGCUCGAGGUGGUGCAAACUCCACCCAUAGGCCCUCUGCAGAGGUAAGGCCCGUCAUCCGCACUGGGGAGAUGACACACUCCUCGGCCAUUCCUCCGCUGGCCCUGGGAGUUCGGAGGGCGUCUCUAGGCUACGAGUCUUCCCCGAGUGGUUCCCUGCCGCCCCUUUUUUAACCAGGAGUCACCGUGGGGAUCGCAGGACUCCUAUAGCCCCCAGAAUCCUGCCCUUAAUCACAAGGCAUCCCUGAACUCCACUAUACUCCA